AAUCUGAUUUUGCCUCAUCGCCUGAACAUACAAUUACAAAAUGGAAAUAACCAGAUCGACAUAUUUUCUUAUGUCCAGAAAUUCUGGAAAGUUCGAUGGCGAUGAAUGCAACUGUUUCGCCUAUCUGGGGUUCCUCACGCAUGGAGGCGAUAGCGAUGAAAUGGACGCCUAUCAUUCUCCUUGUCUCGGUUGCCAUUGUUCUGUUAUGGGCAAGUGUGAACCUCACAGAGAGUUUCGUUGUCUAAAGCUUAGAAUCUCAGUCGAUGCAAUCAAAAUGUUUCAGUCCGUGAUGCCAGAAAAAUCAGCUGUGAUGAUGAUUAGUAGUGAUGAUCCCAUGGAAAAGAAUGAAAGAUGAUGGCCAAUCCUUAAUUGAUGAUCCUUGAUUUUGUUUGCUUCUCACUUGACACUGUAUAAUCACAAUGAGUCACAAAUGAUAGGCCUACUAUAUAUCUAGACGCGUAUAUACACGUUGUAAACAGAUGUAUUCAUACAUGCAAAAUUCCUCAUCAAAGGGGUUAGAAUGACAUGUUGGGGGGACAUCUUGACUGCUAUUGAAUAAAUGUAGCAUUUUCCUAGUAAA